ACCCGCUGGCCCUCUUCUUCUCUCUCAUACAUUUAUCCAGCGCAUGGACUGGUAUUUUCUGGCGUGCUGCACCCUCGUUCCUUGUCCUGGCGUCUUCUUCCACGCUACCCAGGCUUGAGUCCACCAGACUCAUACGUCGGCACUCAAGAUGGCGCCAGUAACCCCUCCGAAUCCGCUACCGCCGGACGAGAACGUCAACCCGAUCCUCCUUGGUGUCUCCGGCGUGCUAAUCUUCUUUGUCGUCUUCACAACUUCGAUCCGCCUCUACGUUCGCUUCGCAUUACGGCAUCUGGGAUGGGAUGACUAUCUUAUGGGGAUUGUCGCUAGUCUCGGCAUCGUCAGGUAUGGCGUCCAGUGCGCGCAAGGAAACUCGGGAAAUGGGAGGCAUCGAUGGUACAUUUCGACAGAGGAAUACGUCAACAACAGCAUGCUUGGAUGGUUCGCACAAAUCCUUCUAUUCGCUAGUAUCUGCUUGCUCAAGUGCUCCAUCAUGCUCUUGCUGCUUCGCAUCAAAGACUCUAGCCGGCUUAAAUACUUUUUGUGGUCCGUCAUGGCUGGUCUGGUUAUCACCAACUUUGGCGUCAUCAUCAUCUUGCUCGCCGAGUGUGAUCCCGUCGAGGCAUAUUGGACUGGAAAUGGAGUGUGCUGGGACGCCAAGAUUCGGAUAUACUCGAUCUAUUUGACUAUCUCAUACUCCGUAGCGACAGACUUGUUGUGCUCCUUGUUGCCUCUCGUUGUAGUCUGGCAAGUGCGUAUACCACUGUCGACCAAACUCUCGGUCGGCGCAUUGAUGAGUCUCGGUUUGAUCGCAACUGGCUUCGGUAUUGCACGCGCAGCUUCUCUCGGCCUAGUGACCAACGACUUGAGUUACGUAUACGCAGUAACUGCAAUUUGGUCCAACUUGGAGCUUUACCUUGGAAUCAUUGCUGGAAACCUGGCUCUCUCCAGAUCCCUCUGGUUCUACUUCUUUGGCGAAAAACAGCUCCCCAGUUCCCAUCCCUCAGCAUACGGAAAUUCGUCACAUCGCUCUCGAACUGCGUACAAUAACGGCAGCAGAUUACACGGCGACAACGGCGGUAACACCGACACAUUUAUACGCUCGGAGCGCAGGCCCUCCUUAUCAAAGAGCGACCACAGCGAUAUCCCACUUGAACCAGGCAUCCAGAAGCGAACAGAAUUCUGGAUCUUGGAAGAAGAUGUCGACAGCAGCGAUAAUCACGAUGCGCCGGCGACAAGAAGGACGACAAGGCAAGCGUCGUUGUGAGUGACAGUGGACAGCAAGCAAACGCAGCCCGAAAUGGGCUUCCUUACGCAUUUACGGCGUUGAUGGGGAACGGGGACCCUCUUGAAAGCGUCGUCAGAUACCCGGCAGGGAAGACCAAAGUGGGCGCGUGAAGUCGUAUCAUACACACGAUUCAUGAAGCUACCUCC